AUGAGCUCGCAGUACGCUUCACACGGUCGCGGCGGCGCGGGCAACAUGUCCGACGCCAAGGCCUCGCCGAAACUCCAACCCUCCGAUUUGGAGACCCCGACGCUCAAGACCCCGAUUGUAACGACCGGCCGCGGCGGGACAGGCAACAUGGCCAAGAAUAACGAUCCUAUUGAAACUCGUUUGCGCCAAGACGUCAGACCUGUUCCCCGUCGCUACAGCAGUGGCGCCCAGCACGCUGGUCGAGGCGGCGCUGGCAACGUUUUCAAGGACGACGCCGAGGAAUUGACCCGCACCACAAGUCGCGAGCAAGCUGUUGCCGACGACGCAGAGCGUCCCGGGACUCCGUCUAAGCUCCGAAAGGGCUGGCCGUUCGGCAAGAAGGCGUAA